AUGUUGGCCCCGCCUCAGGAUUUCACAGAAACUUUGAGCACAGAUUGGCCUCAUCAGUUUGCUGCCCCACAACAAGAUCCAAUUCAGCAUCAGAAGAUCCCAGUUCUGGUUCCAGUACAAGAUUGGGAUCAGAGUCAGGCAGUAGCUGUGCCUCCUCGACUCAAAAAUAAGGUUAAAACUCCAGAUAUGAGUAAAGCUGAACAUCAUCAGACUUUUGAAAUACUUGUUCCACCUCUAGAUAGUCAUAGUUCAAAACCAACUAAGUUUAUUGUUUCACCUCCAAACCUGAAAGGGGAUCUAGCUCAGCAUCGAGCCCUUGCUAAGGAGGAAAGCCCAGCUGAGACUUUGCAGAGCACUGAAGGGGUUCAACCUCCAGUCAUGGAAGAGCCCCGAACUCAGCCUCCAGAGCCGCCUGAGGAGACAGAACCUUCUCCAGUCCAGGAGGCAGCCUCAGUCCAGCAGGAAUUCCAAGCACAGCAUCCAGAGAGCCCUGAGGAGGUUGAAACUUCCAUCCAGCAGGGAGCACCAAUACAGCCUCCAAUGCAUCCACAGCAAGUUGAACCUUCUCCCGCCCAGGCGGAGGUCCCAGCUGAGAGUCCAGAGCUUCUCGAGGAGGUUGGACCACCUUCAGUCCAGCCGGAAGCCCCAGCACAGCUUCCCAAGCCUCCCCAGGUUAAACCUUCUCCAACUGAGCAGGAGGCCCCAGCUUUGCCUCCAGAGUCUGCUGAGGGAGGCUCCAGCUGA